AUGAAUCCUGAAGACGUAGCAAACCGUGACGUUACCAAUGAAGCUUUCACUGGUCCGGGAAACUGCGGGAGGCGACAUCGUAGACAUUCUUUGCACCAAAUUCGUAGCCUUGAAACGUUUUUCAUGGAUUACGAAAAGCCAAGUGAAAGCCAAUGCGAAAAGCUGAGCCAGGAAUUAGGCAUGACUACCAAACAAAUCAAAUCUUGGUUCCGAUACAAAAGAACCCAAAUCAAGGCUCAACAAGAAAAAAUAGAGAAUGAUCAGCUAAAAGCUGAGAAUAAAAGAUUGAAAAUGGAGAAUAAGAUGUUGAGGGAAGCACUCGCAAAUUCAUUUUGUGCAGCUUGUCAGGGAUUUCUUUUUUAUUCUAGAGGUGGCGCGAGACCACUCUCUUACAACAUAAUGCUCCAUGAGAAUCUCAGGCUUAGAAAUGAGUGUCUACGUUUACAAGAUCUGGUGAAUGAGAAAAAAGGAGGAAGGCUUGGAUAGAUUUGAUGAAUUAUGUUUUAAUUCUAAAUAAACCUCAAGCAGAUGGUUCGAACCGGAUUGGAUUGAACUGUUUGGAGAUGAAGGCUGCUCUAUAUAUGCUGGGAUGCAUAGAAAUUAGCUUUAUUCGGAUUAUAUUAUUUCAAAAUUUACUUUUCUUUUGUUACUUGUGAUUUUCCAUGUAUUCUCAAACAGCUUUUAUGACUAAUUGGUUGAACUUCUUUUGUUAUAUCGUCG